GGGUGUAUGUGGGGGCUGGCUGCGAUUGUCAGUCGACGUUUAGAUGGUUGGUGUGUAGUACUUCACUGCUUCUGGUCGGAUCCACACCACACAUUUCAUUGAUCUAGUUUUCUCAAAGGGUGACCAUUUUAGAAAGAACAAAAAGGCUGUAAGCUGUUGUGUGUCUAGGCGAGCUGGCAGGUGGGCUGCAAUGACGCAAAACAAAUGAAAUAUUGCAAGUUGGUGAACUUUCGUAGUUGGAGCUGCACAGCAAAGAUUAUCAUUCCAGUUGAUUAUGCCUUCCAUCACCAGUGGAACCUGCAGCGACACCACCCUUUUUUACCACAACAAUAACCCACAAAAAGUCAAUUAUAAUCACUCCACUAGCAGCAAGUAUUAUUGCCAACAACAUUUCGAACGGCACCGGUGGUGGAACUUGGACUGUUAGAAAAGGCGGAAAUUCCACCAGCAAGAUCGUUGUGAUUUUAACGGAAUAAUCCACCAAAAAUACAUACAUAUCAAGGCAGAGAGCAUAUUCCAUUUGUAUAGACAAAAUCUUAUAACGAAACAAGUUAGCGACAUAAAUCGACAUUUAUACACGUGUUAUUUGGGUAGAGAGAUUGAUCAAAACUUUGUGAGCUUUCAUACACAGAUAAUUAGAAAAAAAGGUUGUAAUUUAAACUUUGAACAAACAAAAAACACAUAUCAGCAAUAUGGACGUGACACAAGAAGAAUGGAUUGAUCGGGCUCAGGAGAAUAUGAAGAAGUUCCUUAAUCGGGGCGGAAGCUUGAGAGGCAAUGAGCCGCAGACUUUGGAGGGUAUUAGUUUGAAAAAUACCCUCGGCUAUGCGCUAAGUUUGACCAUGAAGGAUCCCAAUGAAUGGACCGAUGAGGAGUUGCAGUUGGAAUUCAUGGAACAGUUGUGCUUUUAUGACGAAGAGUCCUGCAAGGUUAUCGACAAGCUGGUUCAGCAGAUAUACGUGGGGGUCCAUCCGAACGUACCCUGCCGGUUGACGAUUCUUCCGGUUGAGUUGUUUUGCGAGGGAAAACUGUACGAGGCACCUCUGUUCCGGUACCAUUUUCAGCAACAAGCCAACGAGGCUGAACCAAAAUUUAUCGACUCCAUUGGGCGGGUGUAUCAAAAUUUCGAGGACUUUCUGAACAACAAUAAGUAUCCAUCGGCCGAGAUGAUGUUCCCGAAGGAGGGCAAGUUGGUUGCUACGAAUCUUAAAAACGUAACCUACGAAAUUAGGAAGACGCCCGCCUGGAAAAACUACUACUUUAAGGCUUUGGAUAUUGCUACCGGAAUCAUUGGUAUUGCUGGGGCAACGGGUGCCAUAUUUCUUUCCGGUGGGUUGGCGAUGCCAUUUAUAGCGGCCAGUGUUGGAUCAGCAAUCUACGCUACGGGUCGGUCGAUCGAUGUGCUGCGAGAUAAAAGUGCACAUCAGGAAUCGUUGAAUCCGCUCAGUGAUUCGGAGUCCCGUACAGCUUGGCUAAGCCUGACUGCACACGUGCUCACUUUUGGGACCAUGCCGCACAUAUCGGCCAUAUCCGGGGUAGCCUCGACAAGUCACAGCAUUGCGACCGGGUUUAAGGUGUGCAACUUCAUCAACGAAACAGGGAACAUCAUCAGCGAUCUGGUGAUCUGCGAUACGCUGUCGGCCAUGCACAGUAACUACUACAAUGCCAGCAUCGAGACGCGGCUAGCUCAUGCGGCAUCGAUCUGCUUCUGGACCAAAACCGUCAUCAGCAUUCGGCAGGCGGAGCUGAUGAUGAAAAACAAUGCCAUCGUAGCGCUUAAGCUGUUCGGGUUCGAGGACCAUUUCUGCGAAUACUUCAACAACGAUUCUCGGGCAAUUGACAUUGGAUUGCGGCUGGUGAAGCACUCGCUGCAGAACAAUGUGACCAUUUCUUCCGAUAAGGAGGAUCACAAGAGUAUCAACAUCGAUGGGUUGAAGUAUUCGGUGGAAACGUUGUUGAAGCUGGAACCGGAAGAGGUGGAAAGGUUGUUCGAGAUAUUGCAGGCCGUUGGAAGCGACGAGGAGCGGGAGUUGUUCAAUGGCAUUCGAUUGUUGAGCGAGGGAGACGUUGAGUUGGUGCGUUUGAUCGUGGCUGAAGCUGAUCGGGAGCUCCUCAAGGUUUGUGAUUUGUCGGAGAUGCUGAUCAAGGUUUAUGGUGCCAUGCGUCAGCAGGACCAGUUUCGGAUGAGCCUCCAUCAGGAGGGUGGGAUCUGUCUGGGUCGAGGCUUGUGGAUGGGAAUUAAACAGGCGUACAUAAUAUUUGCUUCCAAGGAUGACGAACAGCAACAGGAGGGCAUGGCUCUGCUGAUCGAUGCUGUGCUAGAGCUUCCGCAAGAACAGUGCGAAGCACUGACCAAGAUAAUCAAAACCAAUCCAGAUUACAUAUCAAUUUUUAAACUGAAACGUUGUAACAACGACGAGCUAAGUGGUAGCAGUAUUUGUUCCAAAGAAGAAGUUAGCUGCAGAAUUAGAGACGAAAUUUCAAAGGCCUUAAAUAAAGAGCAGUAGGAUAUAGCUGAUAGAUUUUCUCAUAGCAUCUAGAACAGUAGUGUCAUUUUUAAUAUGGGAACCAGAGUGAAAUCUAGCCAAAUUUUUUAGGGACGAGCAUGAUAUGCAUAUGUGUAGUUUGAACUAGUCCACUUUGAGGUGUUUGUCAAUUUCGAGGAUCACUGUAAUGCUCCAAGCUUCCUUCGUGUAAGCUUUGUGUCAUUACAUUGCAAUCGAAUACCGAGUCCGACAUCUCAAACCGGAAUACAUUUUAGAAAAUCAUUUUAGUGCACUGCAAACAAGCAAAAACCUUCCCAGAAAAAGGAAAAAAACAAACAGCUCAGAAAUACGCACAUUAAGAACGAAUUCAAAACUGCUGCGGUCUGAUGCAGAGCGUGGAUUAAAUUUGCAUUCAACUAACUGAUACCGAAGUACUUGGAAACAAUUUGAAAAAAAAACAAAUCGUAUGAUAACGCUUUAAUGUUUUUUAUCCUAGUAUCAUAUACGUGAACAUAAGCAACAUAGACAGAAAGAUAACAUGAGACUAACCCUGCACCUGACUAUAUAGAUGAAAUUAGGAAACUAGUAGCUGAAACUAACACCAAUUAGUAUAACGCAACACUUUUGAAUAGAUCAACCAAAAAAAAAACUAAACAAACCAUAUCCAAAGAUAGAUAACUUUUUGGCUUAAAUUAGUAGUGGAAAAAAGAUGCUCACACACAUUUCGAUACAUGUUAGAGGAAAAUUUUAGAACAAAAUGUCAUAUCCCUAAGGUACACGAGUAAUCCGUUUGCCAUCCCUGUUUCAACCUUAAGUUAAAGGGAUUAAACGAGUUUAUCAAACGGUUACGCGUGAAUCUAACCUAGAAAAAAAACAAACACUAACAAACAAACAAUACCUUGAACAAAACAAAACUUGUUGGAUCAAACUUGAAACAAAACAAUUAUUCGAAGAAUAACAUAAACCCUAAAUAACGGAAACAAACCCAAUUCUCUUUGUGUAGGAAAAACAACAACAACAACAACAACAAAAACACAAAUAUUUUCAAACAACUGAAAUCAACGUAGUCGAAACAAAGAAAUAAAAAACGAAACGUCAAAGUAGAAAGCAACAGCAACUUGUUAGAAAGUGUUAUUCUAAGCUAUUUAUAUUAAGAGACCACAUGAGAACGAAAAACACUAUUACGAAUGAUUUAUUUUUGAAAUAUAUAUAUUAUCUGGAAA